CUCCCCAUGUUCCUGAGGAGAAAGCCGCCGGCCCCCUACUUGCUCGAGGAGCUCCAGCAAACAUACGCCGACGCCACCGCAACGUCCCUCCAGAACCUCCAGCUCGAGGACCGCGGCCAGCUCGCCGACGCGCUCCGCGGCUGGAAGGCCUUGCACACGCUGUUGCUCUACAAGGUGGACGUGUUCGAGCGCAAGGCCCCCAAAACGUCGCCCGACGAGGCCGCCGUGCUCGCGGAUUUGCGCGCCGUCCGCGACGAGAACGUCAGGCACUUGGUGCGCCUCCAGCUACGGCUCGACGAGCAGCAGCGCAGGGGCGCGCCGCCGGCGGCGCCGCGGGCGGCGGCCCACAAAAUGAGCAUCCCGUCCCUCCGCCCCGGCAACCCGCAGGGCCGCUCGUUCAACGGCGCCGCGCCGCGCCCGAUGGCCAGGUCGCUCCGCGCGGGCUACCACAUGUCGCCGCAGAACAGGGACACGGUGCAGGCCGCGGCCACCGUGUCGUGGACACGGCCCAAGGCGCCCCCCGGCCCCGACGUUUUCCAGGACUUCGACCAGACGGAGAUGUCGCUGGUGCGGUACGAGCGGCUCAACUCCGUGGGCUCCGCGGGCUCCGCGGGCUCGCCCUCCGCGUCGCCGGAGCCGGCCAACUUGAUUGACCUCGACGGCGCGGUGCACCGCUCGCUCGAGGACCUUGCGCCCGGGCGAAAGCGGACCCCGCCGCCCGUCCCGCCCAAGCGCGGCGCCAUGCGGGCCGCGGCCCCGGCCGCCAACGGCGACUCGCUCGCGCGGCCGGCCUCGAAGCCUGCGUCCCGGUCCACGUCCGACAUCCCGGAGCCGAAGAAGUACGUCUACAAGCAGCCGCAGCCGCUCAACAUCCCCAAGAUGAUGCAGCAGAGCGGCGCGCGGGGCCGGGCCAAGGCCCCGUCCAGCAACACGGCCAAGGCCCCGUCCAGCAGCACGGCCAAGAAGCCUGCCGCGGCCGCCAGCCAGCCGCCAAAGGCGCCGCCCGCGGACGAGGCGCGCCGCACGCCGGCCAAGAAAUCCAACAUCACAUACAACUACAAGCCGAUAGCCAAGGCGCGGCCGGCUGCCGCCAAAGCCAAGCCGGCCCCGGACAGGCCCAGGGCACCCGCGGCGCAGACACUGCCGCCGACGCCCACGUCGCCGUACAUGAACAACAUCAUCAGCGACUACGAGUCCGACGACGAGCCCUUCGCCGCGCCCGAGCCCGCGCCGCCCUCGGGCGACAUGUCCGCCGAGGAGCAGGCGGCGCUCAUCGGCUCCAUCCGCGGCAUUGACGAGGUUUCCGCGCACCAGAUCCUCAACGACAUCGUCGUGCGCGGCGACGAGGUCCACUGGGACGACAUCGUGGGGCUUGACGCGGCCAAGAACUCGCUCAAGGAAGCCGUCGUGUACCCCUUCUUGCGCCCCGACUUGUUCCGCGGGCUCCGCGAGCCCACGCGGGGCAUGCUUUUGUUCGGGCCCCCGGGCACCGGCAAGACGAUGCUCGCGCGCGCCGUGGCCACCGAGUCCAAGUCGACAUUCUUCUCCAUCAGCUCCUCGUCCUUGACCUCCAAGUACUUGGGCGAGAGCGAGAAGCUAGUCAAGGCCUUGUUCCUCUUGGCCAAGAAGCUCAGCCCGUCGAUCGUCUUCAUCGACGAGAUCGACUCGUUGUUGGGCACUAGAAACGACGGCGAGGUCGAGAGCAUGCGCAGGAUCAAGAACGAGUUCUUGGUCCAGUGGUCCGAGCUCUCGUCCGCCGCGGCCGGGCGUGACUCCACCGAUGGCGACGUCAGCAGGGUGCUCAUUCUCGGCGCGACAAACUUGCCGUGGGGCAUCGAUGAAGCCGCCCGCAGAAGAUUCGCCAAGAGGGUGUACAUUCCUCUUCCCGAAGACGAGACGAGAAAACUACAGAUCUCGAAACUUUUGGCCUACCAGAACCACACGUUGCUGGAGGAGGACUUCCACACGCUCAUCGACCUCACCAAAGGCUUCAGUGGCAGCGAUAUCACGCUUCUCGCCAAAGACAGUGCCAUGGGCCCGUUGCGGUCCUUGGGCGACAAGCUCUUGAGCACCCCGACGGAAGAGAUCAGGCCGAUCCAGCUCGAGGAUUUCGUCGAGAGUUUGAACUACAUCCGGCCGUCUGUGUCCAGCGAGGGCUUGAGCGAAUACGAGAACUGGUCAGCGAAAUUCGGCUCUUCCGGGGCGUGA